GAAAAUGACUAAUCACAUAUGAAAUAUAUGUUACAUGUCAUCUGAUUAGUUCAAUCCAGUUUAAUUUAGAUAAAAAUUUGGGCUUAUAUAGUGAAGAGCUUGCCUUUUUCUCCACGGUAUCUCAAACCACCAAAAGCACAACAAAGUAACAGAACAUAUUCAUAACUUGUACUUAACUCCGAAACCCACUGCUUAGACUGCAAAAACUGCUUCACGUUUCAAUAAACUACACAUAUCCCACAUACUAAAUCAUCAAACAUGCACAUCUAAAAUUACACACACAACACCAACUGAUGGAAAACAUGUCUUCCUCUCCUCUCACACUUAUACUCUCUCUACUCCUCACAUUCCUCUCACCUCUGCUCACAAAUGCACACAAAUGCAGCCAGGGGUUCAUCACAGAGAUGAACAAGAUCAAUGUCACCCAGAAUUGCCGCCGGAAAGCCUUAACCUUAGGCGUCCAGUUCGGGUGGAACUUCAACCAGAAGUCCCGUCGGCUGGACAUAGCGUUCGGGUCGAGGCUAGACACGGAGACAGGCUGGCUGGCCUGGGGGGUGAACCCUCAGGGCCUGCGCAUGGUCGGCACCAGGGCCCUCAUCGGCAUCAAGCAGCACAAUGGCUCGCUGGAGUGGUACAAGUAUAACAUCACCGACGACACCAAGCGCGGCUGCCGGCUCCUUCCGUCUGACGAUAUUGGAUUAAAUAUGCGCAACUUCAGCUUUGUUUAUUGGGAAGGGAUCGAGUACUAUGUCAUACACGCUACUAUUUUCCUGCCUCACGAGUACAACAGUUCAAGAACAAACGUGGUGUGGCAGAUUGGGGAGGCAGUGGCUGGGAGAACGCCUCUAAUGCACCCGAGAUCUCUAAACCACUUCGAUGCUGCUGACACCAUAGACUUAGUCUCCGAGAAGGUGAUAAGUUACUCGGCUCACCGUCAACGCCGUUUGAGAACGACUCAUGGAAUCUUGAACAUUGUUGGAUGGGGAAUACUUCUGCCGGUUGGGGUGAUUGUUGCAAGGUACUUCAAGAGAUUUCCGGAGCGAUGGGUGUGGUGGUUUGGUUUUCAUGUGACCUGCCAGAGUGCUGGAUAUAUUCUCGGUACAAUCGGCUGGAUCAUCGGAAUCUGGCUGGGGAACGCCUCCAAAUACUAUUGCUUCCGCACCCAUCAAAUUCUUGGCAUACUCAUCUUCACUUUCACGACCGUACAGAUGUUUGCAUUGAGAUUGAAGCCGAGGCCGAACGACGAGUAUCGGGCUUAUUGGAACAUGUACCAUCAUUCUCUGGGGUACGCGAUGUUGACACUGAUGUCAGUUAACAUAUUUGUAGGGAUCAAGAUCAUGGAGCCGAAUCAUGCUUGGAAAUGGGCUUAUAUUGGAGUUCUCGGAGUGUUGGGUGUCGUGGUUAUUUGUUUUGAAAUUUAUACUUGGAUUAAGUUUAUUUUUGUAAGAAAAUCCCUCGCGUAAAUGAUGAGGUGUCUGGUUCAAUCAAUAAGAACGGCCUUGAUUUGAUGUUUUGACUUAGGUUGGAUUGUAUUUAACGUUAAUUACAUUUAGACUCAUUUCAAAAUGUAAAAUUAUAUUAAUUAUAAUA